GUGGUUUCCGGGACCAAGGCAUCAAUUUCAAAUGUCAGGGAAUCUGAAGCUUCUCAAAAGAACUGUUGUAGUUUCUGGUAGUUGGGUUGGCUGUUUUGGUAAUCAACUACUGGCCACGUUACUCAAGAGUCACUCCCAAGAAAUUGAGAAUGAAGGUGGAGAUGCUGAAGAUAUGAUAUAUCCAACAAGAACCAAGGGAGUUGCCUAUGUAACAUUCAAGGGAAAAAAAAAAAGAGUGUUUAGUUCAAUAAAUGUUGUCCUUGAUCUUUCUGUGUGUUGAAAUCAAUAUAUUCUAGAAAAUCUGGUAAUGGACCUGAAAAAGAAAAUCCCAACUAUAUGCUUCAGUCCUUUGGAAUCCAAUGGAAGAAUCAUUUGUCAAGAGGCUCAAAGAAAGUUUGUUCUUAAAAUACUGGAGGCAGCUGGAAUUGGAGAAACCCUUGUUCUCAACACAGAUGUACUCCUUUACCUGAAACAGAUACAGAUUUAUAAAAGCAAAUUGAAAAAAUUUAAUGUUCUGAGUCAGGAGAAAGUGAAUGGUGAAAUCACCCCAAUUUCUCUGAAAGAUGCUUAAGGUAGUUCCAGCCAAACUAUAAAACAGAUUAAACAGCUCAUUGGGGAAUGUUCACAUUCUCUUCACUUCGAGCUUAGAAAAGAGACAUUUGUUUUGGUAGGAAAGGGAAAUAGAGAGAAAAGAAACAUUAAGUUGGCAUGUGAGGAACUAAGUUUGAGGUACCUUAAGGUUCUGAUUAAUUUUUAUAGUAUGCAUAUUGACAUUAUAGGAUUGUCUUCAGACACCUACGUAAAAAGAAGUCAUGAAAUUAAUUGGGCAAAAGGAAUGCACUUUUUUAAUGGCUUGGGGCAGAGCAAUGAUAGUUUUUGA